GGUCACUCGCGGGCAGAACGCGAGCGCCGACUACUCCUUUUCGCGUCCCGACUUCCUUCUGAGAGCCCAAUAAACCCUGGGGAAGUUUAAUCAUUCCGCAGCGAGCCCGGGCUCUCUCACUGGGCAUGCUCAGUGGCCGGGCCCCGCUCGGCUGGCGAGUGGUUCGUCUGGGGCGCAGGUCUCGGGUCGGCGGCCGCCUCGGCUGGCUUCCAGGAGCGCGGGCUGGGCACUGCGGGCCCUGAGCCGGGAGCCAGAAGCACCCCGCGGUCCUCGCCGGGACGCAGGGCCCCGCCAGAGCCGCGGCGUUCCGGAGCCCGGGGGCCCCCAACUUCGCGCCAAGUUCGGAACCGCCUUCUGGGGGAGCCAUGCAAAUGAUGACCAGGGACGUUCUGCUAGAAAUGGAUCAGGAGGAGGAGGACGACGACGACGGGGAUAUCGGUGAUGUUCCUGCCUCCAGGAGGCCUUUUCUGACUCCUCAUACUCUCCACUCAUCCAGUCGGGUGUUGGAAAACCUUGAACAGACAGUUGUCUCCAGUUUUGGAGCACUGGAAAGUCAGCCUGAUUUCCAAACCCCAGAAUUUGAAGAAUUUAAUGGAAAACCCGACUCCCUCUUUUUUAAUGAUGGUCAGCGAAGAAUCGACUUUGUUCUAGUGUAUGAAGAUGAAAGUAGAAAAGAAACCAAUAAAAAGGGUUCAAAUGAAAAACAAAGGAGAAAAAGAAGAGCAUAUGAAUCUAACCUCAUCUGUGGUGGCCUGCAGUUAGAAGCGACAAGAUCGAUUUUGGAUGAUAAGCUUGUAUUUGUAAAAGUACAUGCCCCAUGGGAAGUGUUAUGUACGUAUGCUGAGAUAAUGCACAUCAAAUUGCCUCUGAAACCCAAUGAUCUGAAAACGCGGACCUCAGCCUUUGGUAAUUUCACCUGGUUUACCAAAGUCCUCCAAGUGGAUGAAAGUAUCAUCAAACCAGAGCAAGAGUUUUUCACUGCCCCAUUUGAGAAGAACCGGAUGAAUGAUUUUUAUAUUCAAGAUAGAGAUACUUUCUUCAAUCCAGCCACCAGAAGCCGCAUUGUUUACUUCAUCCUCUGUCGGAUCAAGUAUCAAGUAAGAGACAAUGUUAAAAAGUUUGGGAUUAACAAACUUGUCAGCUCUGGGAUCUACAAAGCCGCUUUCCCUCUCCAUGAUUGCAACUUCAGCCAUAAGUCAGAAGAUCUCAGCUGCCCGAAUGAACGGUACCUUCUGUACAGGGAGUGGGCUCAUCCUCGAAGUAUAUACAAAAAGCAGCCCUUGGAUCUUAUCAGGAAAUAUUAUGGAGAAAAGAUUGGAAUCUACUUUGCGUGGCUGGGAUAUUACACUCAGAUGCUCCUCCUGGCAGCGGUAGUGGGAGUGGCUUGCUUUCUCUAUGGAUAUGUUAAUCAGAACAACUGUACAUGGAGCAAAGAAGUUUGUCAUCCUGAUAUUGGUGGCAAGAUCAUCAUGUGUCCUCAGUGUGAUAGGCUUUGUCCAUUCUGGAAACUCAAUAUUACUUGCGAGUCCUCAAAGAAAUUGUGCAUCUUUGACAGUUUUGGAACCCUAGUGUUUGCAGUAUUUAUGGGAGUAUGGGUAACCUUGUUUCUGGAGUUUUGGAAGCGGCGCCAGGCAGAACUGGAGUACGAAUGGGACACUGUUGAGUUACAGCAGGAGGAGCAAGCCCGGCCAGAAUAUGAGGCCCGGUGCACCCACGUGGUGAUCAACGAGAUCACUCAGGAAGAAGAGCGUGUGCCCUUCACUACCUGGGGAAAAUGUAUCCGUAUAACCCUCUGUGCAAGUGCUGUCUUAUUCUGGAUCCUAUUGAUCAUCGCCUCAGUUAUUGGGAUCAUUGUCUACAGGCUCUCAGUGUUCAUUGUAUUUUCUGCAAAACUUCCCAAGAACUUUAAUGGGACAGAUCCAAUCCAGAAGUACCUGACUCCACAGACGGCCACGUCUAUCACUGCUUCCCUCAUCAGCUUUAUCAUCAUCAUGAUUUUGAACACCAUAUAUGAAAAAGUAGCAAUCAUGAUUACUAAUUUUGAACUCCCAAGGACCCAGACUGAUUAUGAGAACAGCCUGACCAUGAAGAUGUUCUUAUUCCAGUUUGUCAACUACUAUUCUUCAUGUUUCUACAUCGCAUUCUUUAAGGGCAAAUUUGUAGGUUAUCCAGGAGACCCAGUCUAUUGGCUGGGAAAAUACAGAAAUGAAGAGUGUGACCCAGGUGGCUGUCUCCUUGAACUGACGACACAGCUGACAAUAAUCAUGGGAGGAAAAGCAAUCUGGAAUAACAUACAAGAGGUGUUACUUCCCUGGGUCAAGAACCUGAUUGGGCGAUGCCGCACAGUUUCCAGAGCAGAAAAGAUAGCCCCGCGAUGGGAACAAGACUACCACCUGCAGCCCAUGGGCAAACUGGGAUUGUUUUAUGAAUAUCUUGAAAUGAUUAUUCAGUUUGGGUUCGUCACCUUAUUUGUGGCCUCUUUUCCACUGGCCCCCCUGUUGGCUCUGGUGAACAAUAUAUUGGAAAUAAGAGUGGACGCAUGGAAAAUGACUACCCAGUAUAGACGCAUGGUUCCAGAAAAAGCCCAAGACAUCGGAGCCUGGCAGCCCAUCAUGCAAGGAAUAGCGAUUCUGGCUGUGGUGACCAAUGCCAUGAUCAUCGCUUUCACAUCAGACAUGAUCCCCCGCCUGGUGUAUUACUGGUCCUUCUCCGUCCCUCCCUAUGGGGACCACACCCACUACACCAUGGAGGGAUACAUCAACAACACUCUUUCCUACUUCAACAUCGCAGACUUCAAAAACAGAAGCAAAGGAAAUCCAUAUUCUGGGCUUGAAAAACAUACCACAUGCAGGUAUCGUGAUUUCCGGUACCCACCUGGACACCCACAAGAGUAUAAACACAACAUCUAUUACUGGCACGUGAUUGCAGCCAAGUUGGCUUUUAUCAUUGUCAUGGAGCACAUCAUCUACUCUGUGAAAUUUUUUAUCUCCUAUGCAAUUCCAGAUGUAUCCAAAAGCACGAAGAGCAAGAUCAAGAGAGAAAAAUACCUAACGCAAAAGCUUCUUCAUGAGAAUCACCUCAAAGAUGUGACAAAAAAUAUGGGGGUCAUAGCUGAGAGGAUGGUGGAAGUGGUAGAUAACAAUUUACGACCCAAAUUAGAAUAAGAGCUUUAUGUUCUGAGAAGCACUUUACAGAAUUUAAUUCCGUCAAAAUAUAUUAUGAAUCACUAAUGAGGAUGUCUGAGUGAAAACACUUUGGCAAAUAGGAGUCUUAGCUAUUGCCAUUUUCAUAUAGAUUAUUUUUCGGUUUCAGCCAGCCACGCAGGAACUGGAAAGUGCGAAACUUAGAUCAAGAAGUGCAUAAAACUAAUCACCUGGAAAACCAGAAAUGUUACCCUUUUUUGAUAAAUUUGAAUUUCAGUAACAGAAAAAGUCUCUUCGUGUGCUUAAAAACUACCCCUUCCGAAGCAGAAUGGAUUUCUGUCCCUCCGUCUGAUUAUUUUCAUUUCUUUCUGUUCUCAAGCACAUGGUCCCCUUUAAGGCAGUGUUUCAUUUCUUCACUUAGCCAAAUCUGUGCCAGAGUUCUCUUUCCCUUACAGUACUUUUGUUAAAGACGAGACAUUCUUCCCUUUGUGUGAUUAAAAAUAGCUAACUCAGAAUUUCAGUUUGAAUGCCAUAUUAAGUGGCAGAUAGACUCAAGAAUUCACAAUAUGUCGGUGUGUUAGCACAUCCCUACAGAAAACGAAACCUCACUUAGUAAGAGGAAAUAGUUUCCGUCUCCAAUUUGGCCUAUCUUUUCAUCUCAAAGAAACACACUUAAUGGAUCGGAAUAAAGAUAGCAAGGUUCUGAAGUGUAUUUGUGCUAAUCCGCAGUGACACUUUUUAUCUUCCAGGAGCACUCUUAGAACAUUCUGUGCCUAAUCAGUGUUGACUGCUUUGCAGAUCUCAAGGGAGUCAGAUGACAAAAGUAGGGAAAGUUAUAGAUUCAAAUAGAAUUGUAACUCAUAUUGACCAGAAUAAUUAAUGUACCUCUUCUAAAGAUACGUAGUUUCUUAAAAUUACAUUUUUAUCAACAUAAUGGUCCGGAAGGACAAGCCCAUCAGUUUGCCACCAGUUUCCUUUUAUGCAUUAGCUCCAGGAGGUACAGCAUCACAGAUCACCGGCAUCGCCACGCUCACUGUGCAGCCACUGUGACAUGAGGGCGCUGUGCACACGCGCUUAAGAGUACAACCGGUGCUCUAAUUGUGAGGCGCUCGGGGUUCCCUGCGUGGGGAGCGCCUUUUCCACAAGGAUUCCGGGUAUCCAAGUGAUGAGCAUACCAAAGCAUGUGCCAUGGUGAAGGUGGUUCCCUGCAGCCUCCAUUCCCUUGUUCCCAGCCCAGUAACUUGUCUGUAAGUGCACGCACCAGGGGAGUGGUGGGGAGAGGAGAGAGGCAGGGAUAGACCCGCAUCACUCCCAAUCCGGAAGAGACACUCUGGUGUUGAUUUGAGCUUCCAGCCUCCCUCAGGCCGCGGUUUGGUCACAACCCCUUCCCUGAGCUGCACUUAACUUCCCGCUGAAUGCCUGCACCACGCACAUCUUGCCUUCAGGUGGUUCAACUCAGCAGUCUUUACUGUGCUUUACUGCCUUUCAGGUGCAAGGCCCUCUGGUAGGCUCCAGACAAGAGGCGGGGCCGCACCGCUCACCCUUGACUGGUAACGGGGGAGUGCCGGGUGUAAGAGAGGGUGUCUGGCACUGGGUUCUUACCGGGUGGACUGCCACCCACUGGGGUGCUGCUACAUGCCCAAGUGCCAUAGGAGCCGAGCCACUCCAUCCCAGCAGCAGAGGAAAAGGAAACCUGUUGCAGCGAGCAGAUUUAGAGGCUCGAUAUAAUAGAGCUGCUUAACUCAAGGUCACGAUUCUAAGUGCCUGCCAUGAAUGUUCAAACAGACCCAGAGACCAAAAUCACUAUUUAUGUAGGAUUCAUAAAGCAGUAUCCUGGACUUUUGCAUUGUCCCAAUGGACAGGGGACAACAUUUCACUAACUUUCUUGAUCAUGUUAACAAUGUGAACGAGUGCUCUCAACAGGCCGCACGCGCUCUGACUGCACAGGGAGCAAGAAAGGAGUUUCGUCCCGGCUUCUCAUCCCGCCCAGACUGGGUGCAGCUGUUCCUUUCCCCGGCUCACCUGUGACACUGCUCCUGAAGUGGCGUCACUUCUGCCCCUAGUACCUCAGCUCUUUGAAGCGCAGGACUAUCUCCUCGUGUUGGAUUUGCCAACUACUCACUGUUUAUGGGAGCAUAGAGAAGGAAAUGUUUUUUGCCUUAUCUGCUUGUAUAUAAACUAGAACUUUAAAAAGUGUGCAUGUGUGUUUUUCAUAAACCAUCUUUCGUAAAUUGCCUUCAUAGUUUAAAAUGUGCUUUUGUGGACAGGAGGGGAAAAAACUCUACAUUUUUAAAGGCAGAAAAUACGUGUGACACUGCCAAUAGUCCCCUAAGCGGCGAGGUAGUGGGGAUCCGGGGUCACCUGUGACACCGACAGUGUUAAUGGAACUCUAGUGCUGACUUGUCAGUGUGAAGACAAAUGUGGGACUGUGUCUGCAGGCAGUCACUGGGCUGGGUCUGUAAAUGUAAGCAGCAGCACCCCAAGAAAAAGGGGGUGUGUGACAGUGCCCCUGUGAAAGGAAUACCUGGCCCUAGACCUGCCCAGUGUUAACCACUAGAGAAUGUUUCAUUGUAUAUCCUUUUGUAAUGCUUGUGAAUUUUAACAGAUUGAAGCAUUAGACCAAAAUACUCAGGAGAUUUUCCUUUAAAUAUCCCUCAAAUAUUUUAGAUGUGUCAAUAGAAAGGGAAAGCUAUCGUUUUUGUUUGAAAACUAAGCAAGGCCAUCUUGUAAACCGUCACCAAAUGCCUUCCCUUGUAAUUAUCCGUGGGUGCAUCUUGGAUUUCAGAAAACAGUAAUUCAUUCACGGGGGGGGGGGGGGGGGAGGGCAGAAUGUGCUCUGUUAUUGAAACACUGCUUGUACCAUUUUCUCAUUGUGCCUAUUAUAUGUUAAGAUGUUUGAAAACUUAAAAUGGAUGAGCAGCUUAACGAAAGUAGAACUGAAAUAUACAUGAUGCUUUCAUACACUGUGGCAUAAGAUGUAAAGUUUGUAAUGUUUUGUGAAUUUCUGUGCAUUUUAAUAUUCUUUUAUAAUUAUAAGCAUUUUAGUAAAUUCAUUUUUAAAAAC